UUCUGUGUACCGCGUCUCGCCCCCACGUUAUAUACACCAGUCAGCUACUCCCACCACUUUAACCCGCCCGGACCCGGGGAACACGUGCUCGUCGCUCCUCUCUCUGUACCCGGUACUACACACCGUGUUGUUAUAGUCGCGUGCGCGCUGGGUCACCUGUGAUUUGCCCCGUAACACGUGGGUGCUACGAUCUUUGUGACGUUUCGGUCGUUAACGUUGAUUAAAGCGAUUUCACCGAUUUUUAUUUAUCUUGAUUUUCGUUACGUUGCUUUUUUCCUAUUCGCGGUUUCUCGUUUGAUUUCAGAUUUCGGCAGAGUUUGAUUUUCAUUUAUUAUGCGUACGUUGACGCGGAUUUUGUGCACUAUUUGUACAUACCUGAUAUAACUAGGAAUGUUAAACGGUAUUUUUUUUCGGUUAUUGCAGUGAAUAUUUUUAAAUAUAUAGAAGAAAGAAAGAAUAUAUGUUCUAGUGAUUUUUGACAGCGAAAGGGAAAGAAGGCUUCAAUGGAUUCGAAUGUUCUUCAUCCCCGAUUUUGAGUUGUAAAAUUUAAACAGUUCUCAUUUAUCACUUAUACUCUGUUGUUGUACGCAGUGGAUAAUCGAAAGUGCAGUGAGAGAUAAGUGUACGAGCUGCGGUUCGAGUAUAUACGAAAGGAUUCACGGCCGCGUUGGACAAUUGCGCAACUUGAGGAGAAUUAAUGAAUUAAUAAACUUAAAAAAAAUAGUAAAGAAGAGAAGGUAUAUAAAAAAUCGGAAACAACAACAAGAAACCGUGCGCACCUAAACGCUGUGUGUGUAAACACACGAGUCGAGCGUAAGUGAAGUGAAGUACGGUGAGGUUAAAACGCGCGGAGAGGAAUUACGCCGUGACGUAAAAUUAAAAACACCACGAGUCCCGAGACCCGCAGCAUAUCAUAAACCCGCGCACAUCUUCUGCGCAGGCACCAAAAUGCGCGAGCAAUAAGCUUAGUGGCUGGCCCGCUAACUGCUAACGGCCCGAGGGCUGGCUGGCUACACAGUGACGUUGAGCUAAUUAACGAGAUUUAAUUACGCGCGGGCAAUUAGUGCCGUGAGACACCCUCGAGGAGUGACUUCGUAGUCGAGAAAGAAGACGGAGUAGAAGAAGAAGAAGAAGAAGACGGAGGAAGAGACGUAAAAGAUGACGAGGAAGAAGAGGUAGAGAGUAAAAAAGAGCCACGCAACUGGCAGCGAGUGCAGGAAUAAUUAACGGGCAGUAGAUUUUAUUGAGCGUCUCAAACGGUCUUCGUCUUAAUUCCGUUGAAUCGUUGUACGACCGCCACUUAACCGCGACAAACUGGAUCGAUACCGUUACACAAAUAACCCUGAGGAUAUUAUUCGAGUCUCCUCGUGUGACUCAAUUUGUGGUUAGAAAAAAAAACCUAAUCGUUCCCGAUAACAAUCACGCAGUGUUUUAAUUGCCGCUUGUGCUCGGUCGUUUGGAUAAUACUCGUCACCGCGGUCGUUGUACCGUUUGCAUGUACGCGCACGGUGUAAAUGUGAUAACGGUGAUCGACGUGACGGAGCGUUAUUUCGUCGGAAAUAAUGUGCAAAAUGAAGAAGAUUAAAGUACUAAUCGUCGCCAGUUAAUGACAAUCAGGGCAUAGAACUUUGCUUUACGAAACAUAAAAAGAGGAGGAACUGAAAUCGUGCUGAUAUCAAGAGGAAUCGUCAGUCUUCUGAAAACCUAAAGAGUCACAGUGCGGUGUCUAAGGUGGAUGUUUUUCAAGUGGUGCGACGAUGAUGGUGAACGAUAAAUUUUCGUCGAAUGAUAACUCGGGACCCUGGAUUCGGUAGGUGGUACUCUCACGGUACGAAAGGUAAAAGGACAGAGACACACAUACCGCGUGAUGACGGACACGGAUAGCAUGCAACAGCAACAACAACAGCAACAACAACAGCAGCAGCAGCAACAACAUCAGCAAAAGGAUGAAAAGGUGGUUGGAAGUGGCGGGGAGACCCGUUUGGAGUCGAUAGUACCAUGCGACAACAACAACGAGACCAAGGCGAAGUCCGGUGUGGCAACGGUGACUAGCGACCCCGAUGCUCACGGGGGUUCUGCCCUCGACAUGCAGGCAACCGACGGCACCCUCACCGCCGCGUGCAAAUCGCCGAUUGACAGCGGUGCCGGUGCCGGCGGAGGCGUCACCAGCGGUGCCCUUCAGGUGAACUCGUGGCACGCGCACGUUUACGCAGCGCCACCUCGGGCCCCGACACCUCACAGAAUCAGCGAUAUCCUGGGCUGGGGUCGAACCAGCUCCGGUCUGAGCGUGCACCACCUCCAUCACCAUCUGAACAACAACAAUAACAACAAUAACAACAACGUGGUGAACAACAACACCGCCAACGACAAUGGCGGGACCACCAAACUCCUGGCACCGACACCCCGGAGGCUGACAAGUCCGAUGAUACGGGCGCCUCUCGCCCUUUACUCUCCUCUUCCACCACAUUCGCCGGCCUCGAUGCCAGGCUGUUUGACUUCGCCACCGUGCACGCCGAGCCCAGCACCGCCGCUUAGGUCGCCCUCAUCUUGUGCGAGUAUCGCCUCCCCGAAGCUGGUUAAUAACGCGGGAAUCGACGCGUCGGCGGUGAGGUUGUCCCAUAAUCAACAGGGUCCUGGGUAUCAGGAUGGGGGUGGUCACGGUGGAGGGUUGAAUCAUCUCGCCGCUGAGGAGGAGGACGAUGCUCCGCUUAAUUUAACCACGACACCGAGGACCAGGAGUCCUCCGACAUCGCCGAGCUCGUCUGUCCUCAGCGGAAGGUCUUUCUACUCGAGGACACCGCCGAAUCCAUUCCGAGAACCACCGCAUAUCGAACAUCAUCACAUCAUGGCUGCUCAUCAUAACGCCAAUCAGGCUUAUCUCCACAACGGACGACAUCCUGCUGAAGUCACGACACCCGUACUGCCUGGGAAACCUGUCAGACCGCCCGUCAAAGACGGUGGUGUUCAGAUAGCCAAGACGCCGCCUGCAAAGCGGAAGAAACUCGAUACCGGAGUGAAGGAGGUACUUCCGGUUGUUAAGGGCGGGGGUGCGGGAGACGUGCGGGUGACCAGUGAAGCUGAGGAUGCCAGCGAGGCCGAGAGGAAGAAGAAAAAAGCGAGGACGACGUUCACUGGGAGGCAGAUAUUCGAGCUUGAAAAGCAGUUCGAGAUAAAAAAAUAUCUUAGCUCAUCGGAGAGGGCGGAGAUGGCGAAACUACUCAACGUAACGGAGACACAGGUGAAAAUCUGGUUCCAAAAUCGGAGAACGAAGUGGAAAAAACAGGACAACAUCAGCAACGCCGAGGCGGCGGAGCACAAGAAUCAAAACAACCCGAAGACCACCCAGCCGAAAACAAAGACGGGGUCGUCGGGCGGAGGGGUAAAGAGUUCCGGACCUCCGCGAACGUCGGUCGAAUGUAGUUCCGACUCGAAUAAUUCUCUCCUGACCGGCGACGGGUCGGUUUCGGAGAGCAAUACUUCGGAGCAGAAUUCGAUGCCGACAAAUCUCUCGCUUGCGCCGCCGGAGCGAGUUCCUCAGCCUCACCUAACGCCGGGGAUGCACGAGCAGUCGAUACAGGAGAGAACUGUGUUAUCGCCGGAACCGACGAGGUUCAUAUCGAGGAAUUACGACGCGGUGAGAGACCUGACAAUGAGCAAACCGCUCCUGAGGGAAUACGACUUCAACAGGGAGCUGAAGAUAAACCUGCGGGACUUUGCCAUUGGUAAAAUGGAAUCGCGAGGACUCAGCGGGAAGGAGAGCUCGAUAAUUCACAAGAAGGCAACUGCCAUGCCGGCAGAGAUUGAUAAAAAUUUGAAGGACCUCAAUUUGGACUCGGACGCCAACUCCGAGCCGAUCGGAUUUGUCGUUGCGCCUGCGACUCUCAGGCCUUCCGAUGGCGAACCAAUGGAGAGCAGCGAUCGGGAUUUCGAAGAACCGGCAUCUCCGCAAUCCGCCCUCCAAAUCGACGAGAGGGACGACGAUGCCAGUCCGGAACUCUCCAGCUAACUAAGGCUGUACUGAGUCGCGUGUUUCCAUCAUCCAUUCGGCAAAUGGCAGUUCAACGAUUCGAAAUUGCACUAGCUUACAAGCGAUCAGGGUUUACUCUUUGAGUGCUUUUUUUUUCCUUUUUUUCAAUUGAGAAAAUGGAUUAUCCGCGGAAGACAGAAACACGAGGUUGUAAUCAGUUUUCAGAUGGACCUCGAACCGAUAGCUUGUAGACCAAGUUGAUGUCAGAAGGCACUGACAAUGAAUCUCUGAUCUGUGACGAGUGCGCAACUUCAAGUUUCUCCCAUUCAAAAACAAUCACAGAGACCUUUCGCAGUCGAUGAAAUACGAUGAACUGGAUUUUUUUGAAAAUGAAAGGCGCUUUGUAAAACGAAAAUGUGUAAUUCCGGUAUGUUUACUGUUUCGAACUUUACGCCAACGGAUGUUCCGUUCUUUUUCGACAAUAUCUUUGCUUCAGCAUCCACUUCGCGCGCACAACUAUUGUUUUAUCUGUAACAUUUUUUUAUAUUGCUUGUACAAAUCAGUAACACAGGAGAUAGCUUUGCUGCAAAAUGCCGUAAAGUCGCUAAUUAGAUACGCCUAUCGGUCAAUUUGAAAAAAGAUACAAACGUUCGCGUAAAAUGCAUACGAAUAUACGCAAAACCGAGAACCAAAAAAUUGCAAUUCUCCUUUUUUAUCAACAAAUUUUACCUAAUUUUCCCGUAUUUUUAAAAUUUCUCUCUUUUCUCAAUACAAGGGGCACGACUGUUCACGUUUCGUACGCACAACAUUGGUCUUGUUAGUUGUUACUUACAACUACAACAGUAUGUAUACAUCUAUUUCUUCGAGCUCUCGAAUGCAUAUAUACAUAUAUAUAUAUAUACAAACCUGCACAAUGUAUACUGAUAUAGCGAUUUCUUAGAGGAAUAGCCAGGAUUCACGAGCGAUCGGUGUUUAUUUGUAAUCCGGCACAAACUCGGCUGUCCAUGCACUGAGAGAAAUUUUUAGUUCCGGUCACCGCUCAGUCCGUAACUAUUUUUAUUUUUUACCACGAUCGAAAAAUAUAAUUAUAGGU